AUGAGUGGGGCAGAGGCUUCACAAUCUGAGGAGCUGAUCCGAGGUAAAUGUAUAAUUAAAGGCAGAUUAUUUGAUAUGUUAUUUGACUCGGGUGCUAUGCACUCUUUUAUAUUUGUGGACUGUGUGAAGGGUCUGGGCUUAAAGUUUGAGGUGGACUUGAUUUGCUUAUCUUUUUCGCAAUUGGAUGUAAUUCUGGGAAUGGAUUGGCUUGCUGUCAACCAUGUGCUGCUGGACUGUAAGGAGAAGACUUUGAUCUUCGAUGAGACAAUGAUAGAGGUUCCAAGGCUUAUGAGCCAGGGAGCGUGGGAGAACACGGUGAAUGCCAAGGCCUUUAUGGUUAUGUUUUCAAGGGAAGCCGAAAGUGUGGUGGAGCUGGAGUACAUUCCAAUAGUAAAGGAUUUCUUGGAGGUGUUUCCCGAAGAUGUUUCCGAGCUGCCACUUGAGAGGGAGAUAGAGUUUGCUAUUGACCUCAUUCCAAGAGCAAGCCCAAUUUCUGUGGCACUUUAG